CGUAAACGGCUAUUAGCAUUGUUUUUUUUAUUUACCCCAAGCUGCGUUCCGCAAUGGAAGUAAAUAGAGACGAAGCAGAGCGUUGCAUUGACAUCGCAACUGCUGCAUUAACAAACAAUCAAGCAGAGAAGGCCGUCAGAUUUCUAGAAAAGGCACAGAAACUUUUUCCGACGGAUAAGGCGAGAGGUAAAGACCGCCGCUUGAGAAGCGACAUGAAUGCCAGCUAGCAUCCAGGCUAUCUUAUCUUGGGAAAUUGAGGGCCCGCUAUAGUUGCAAAAAUACGUUACCCAUCUCACUGCUAGCUAGCUAAUUAUCGUCGAUUUUUCAUAUAAAACAGUUAAUCUUCCUCAAUUUUGCAUUGUCACUGUUGUAUUUGGAAGUAGUUGAAGUAGACACAGUCCAUUGCAUUCAUUGGAUGCUGCUAGGUAAAUUAGCUAGCUAGUUAGAUACCUAACGUUAGCUAUGUAGUCUGUGCAUUCAGUUGCACCCAAUCUCAUAUUGCUAGCUAAAUACAAACUGUGUAGCUACAUAGCUAACGGUCUUUGACGCUAUUACUCAGAAUAACUCACUCCAGGUGCUUCUGACUGCACAAGAGGGAGAUGUCAUCAGAGAUUUGCUCCGAUGAGCCUGCUCAGUGGGGACGUUUCUGGGGGAAACUACUAUACUCUAAUGUUGCUCUAAAUGUUACUCUUAUCUGUAUUUCCAGCACUGCUGGACUUGAUUGCAAAAAAUGGUUUCACCCCUGGUCAUGGCAACCAGUCACGAAGCAGUGAUGGCACUGGACCAAGGCAGCGAAGACCUGGGGAGGAGGACCAAGGAGAGAAAGCCUCCCAGACAGCCAAAUCCUACACCUCAGACCAGCUGGACGCUGUCAAGAAGUAGGAUGCGUCGAUUUUAGUAUCACUACAAUUAUUAUCAUAUAAAAUGUAAUUGGAAGGAAAAGGAUACUUAGUCAGUUGCACAACUGAGUACAUUCAACCAAAAUGUGUCUUCCGCAUUUAACACGGGGAGGCUGCCUUAAUUGUUGUUGUUGAUAAAAGCGUCUGCUAAAUGGCAUGUUAUAUUGAAACUGCUUCAAAGGUUAUAAAACAUUAACAUCAAACAUCUGUCUAACUCCCACUCUCCACAAUUAAUCUUCCCUAUCAGAACAUUUGCCAUGACUUGAAAAUAUCCUUAUGUUCCUGAAACAAUUUACUGUUUUCGAUGGUUCUGUCUUAUAGAUGAAAUCUUUAUUUGCAGAAUAAAACAGUGUAAAGACUACUAUGAGAUUCUUGGAGUGAAAAAAGAUGCAUCUGAAGAUGAUCUUAAAAAGUCAUAUAGAAAAUUAGCUUUGAAAUUCCAUCCCGACAAAAACCAUGCACCGGGUGCGACUGAGGCAUUUAAAGGUAAACAGAAACCAUACAUAUUUUCUUAUGCCUAUUUGAACGUGAUAACGAUUUCUUAAGAGUCAAGGGGCCGGUUUCCCAGACACAGAUGUAGCCUAAUCCUGGACUAAAAAGCGUGUUCAAUGGAGAAUGCUUUCUGGUCCAGGAUUAGGCUUAAUCUGUCUCUGGGAAACCGCUCCAAUUAAUUGUAUAUCAUUUAAUGUCAUUUGAAGGUACAAAAAAAGGUGUUUGUUUUCCCCCAGCUAUUGGAAAUGCUUAUGCCUGCCUGAGUAAUGCUGACAAGAGGAGACAGUAUGACCAGUGUGGUGAGGAGAAGAGACAUCCGUCAAGACAGGGCCAGACCAACGGAGACUUCCAGGCUGAUAUUUCACCAGAGGACCUCUUCAAUAUGUUCUUCGGAGGGGGUUUUCCAGCAAGUGAGUGACACACACACACACACAGUCAUUAGAAACCAUUGCAUCUACAUCUCUUUUACUUCAUCAAUGUGUAUCAUUGUACUGCUAAAUACUGACAACUCCACUGCUAAUGCUCUAUCUAUUGGUUGUCUGUUUUGCUUCUCAAGGCAACGUUCAUGUAUACAGAAAUGGGCGGAAUCAGAGGCCAGCAGGACAGCAGGGACAACAGAGAGAGGUACGCCAGGGAUGUUUCUUCAUUGCACAUUUUGCAGUUCAGGUCAUUAAGUAGAUCAAUUUAGCUACCAUGAUCUUCAGGGAGUCAGUCAAAACUAAUUAAUUAUCCAAUGUGCUGCAUGGGCAUUUUCUUAAUGAUUUUCUAAUGUACUUUGGCCUGCUGUACAGCAGGGGGAGUCCUUGAGUCGUUUUUGCGCUUAAAACUGAGAAUGGCUUACUUGGGGGGGGACUGUAUUGUUAACCAACAUGACCAGAAGUAUGUGGACACCUGCUCAUCGAACAUCUCAUUCCAAAAUCAUGGACAUUAAUAUGGAGUUGGUCCCCCUUUUGCUGCUAAAACAGCCUCUACUCUUCUGGGAAGGCUUUCCACUAGAUGUUGGAACAUUGCUGCGGGGAAAUGCUUCCAUUCAGCCACAAGAGUAUUAGUCAGGUUGGGCACUGAUGUUGGGUGAUUAGGCCUGGCUCGCAGUCGGCGUUCCAAUUAAUCCCAAAGGUGUUCGCUGGGGUUGAGGUCAGGGCUCUGCAGGCCAGUCAAGUUCUUCCACACCGAUCUUGACAAACCAUUUCUGUAUGGAUCUCGCUUUGUGCACAGGGGCAUUGUCAUGCUGAAACAGGAAAGGGCCUUCCCCAAACUGUUGCCACAAGUCGGAAGCACAGAAUCGUCUAGAAUGUCAUUGUAUGCUGUAGCGUUAGGAUUUCCCUUCACUUGAACUAAGGGGCCUAGCCCGAACCAUGAAAAACAGCCCCAGACCAUUAUUCCUCCUCCACCAAACUUUACAGUUGGCACUAUGCAUUGGGGCAGGUAGCGUUAUCCUGGCAUCUACCAAAACCAGAUUAGUCCGUCGGACUGCCAGAUGGUGAAGCGUGAUUCAUUACUCCAGAGAACGCAUUUCCACCUCUCCAGAGUCCAAUGGCGGCGAGUUUUACACCACUCCUGCUGACGCUUGGCAUUGCCCAUGGUGAUCUUAGGCUUAUGUGUUGCUGCUCGGCCAUGGAAACCCAUUUCAUGAAGCUCCCGACGAACAGUUCUUGUGCUGACGUUUCUUCCAGAGGCAGUUUGGAACACGGUAGUGAGUGUUGCAACCGAGGACAGACGAUUCAUCACCCAGUGGUCCCGUUCUGUGAGCUUGUGUGGUCUACCACUUUGCGGCUGAGCCGUUGUUGCUCCUAGACAUUUCCACUUCACAAUAACAGCACUUACAGUUGACCGGGGCAGCUCUAGCAGGUUAGAAAUUUGACGAACUGACUUGUUGGAAAGGUGGCAUCCUAUGAUGGUGCCAUGUUGAAAGUCACUGAGCUCUUCAGUAAUGCCAUGCUCGGUUUUAUACACCUGUCAGCAACGGGUGUGGCUGAAAUAGCCGAAUCCACUAAUUUGAUGGGAUGUCCACAUGCUUUUGUAUAUAUGUAUAUGUAUAUGUAUAUGUAUAUGUAUAUAUAUAUAUAUACUGCUCAAAAAAAUAAAGGGAACACUUAAACAACACAAUGUAACUCCAAGUUAAUCACACUUCUGUGAAAUCAAACUGUCCACUUAGGAAGCAACACUGAUUGACAAUAAAUGUCACAUGCUGUUGUGCAAAUGGAAUAGACAACAGGUGGAAAUUAUAGGCAAUUAGCAAGACACCCCCAAUAAAGGAGUGGUUCUGCAGGUGGUGACCACAGACCACUUCUCAGUUCCUAUGCUUCCUGGCUGAUGUUUUGGUCACUUUUGAAUGGUAGCAUGAGACGGAGUCUACAACCCACACAAGUGGCUCAGGUAGUGCAGCACAUCCAGGAUGGCACAUCAAUGCGAGCUGUGGCAAGAAGGUUUGCUGUGUCUGUCAGCGUAGUGUCCAGAGCAUGGAGGCGCUACCAGGAGACAGGCCAGUACAUCAGGAGACGUGGAGGAGGCCGUAGGAGGGCAACAACGCAGCAGCAGGACUGCUACCUCCGCCUUUGUGCAAGGAGGAGCAGGAGGAGCACUGCCAGAGCCCUGCAAAAUGACCUCCAACAGGCCACAAAUGUGCAUGUGUCUGCUCAAACGGUCAGAAACAGACUCCAUGAGGGUGGUAUGAGUGCCCGACGUCCACAGGUGGGGGUUGUGCUUACAGCCCAACACCGUGCAGGACGUUUGGCAUUUGCCAGAGAACACCAAGAUUGGCAAAUUCGCCACUGGCGCCCUGUGCUCUUCACAGAUGAAAGCAGGUUCACACUGAGCACGUGACAGACGUGACAGAGUCUGGAGACGCCGUGGGAAACGUUCUGCUGCCUGCAACAUCCUCCAGCAUGACCGGUUUGGCGGUGGGUCAGUCAUGGUGUGGGGUGGCAUUUCUUUGGGGGGCCGCACAGCCCUCCAUGUGCUCGCCAGAGGUAGCCUGACUGCCAUUAGGUACCGAGAUGAGAUCCUCAGACCCCUUGUGAGACCAUAUGCUGGUGCGGUUGGCCCUGGGUUCCUCCUAAUGCAAGACAAUGCUAGACCUCAUGUGGCUGGAGUGUGUCAGCAGUUCCUGCAAGAGGAAGGCAUUGAUGCUAUGGACUGGCCCGCCCGUUCCCCAGACCUGAAUCCAAUUGGGCACAUCUGGGACAUCAUGUCUCGCUCCAUCCACCAACGCCACGUUGCACCACAGACUGUCCAGGAGUUGGCGGAUGCUUUAGUCCAGGUCUGGGAGGAGAUCCCUUAGGAGACAAUCCGCCACCUCAUCAGGAGCAUGCCCAGGCGUUGUAGGGAAGUCAUACAGGCACGUGGAGGCCACACACACGACUGAGCCUCAUUUUGACUUGUUUUAAGGACAUUACAUCAAAGUUGGAUCAGCCUGUAGUGUGGUUUUCCACUUUAAUUUUGAGGGUGACUCCAAAUCCAGACCUCCAUGGGUUGAUACAUUUGAUUUCCAUUGAUAAUUUUUGUGUGAUUUUGUUGUCAGCACAUUCAACUAUGUAAAGAAAAAAGUAUUUAAUAAGAUUAUUUCAUUCAUUCAGAUCUAGGAUGUGUUAUAGUGUUCCCUUUAUUUUUUUGAGCAGUGUGUGUGUAUAUAUAUAUAUAUAUCAGUGUUAUCAGUUAACUCACACAAACCUGUAUAGUCUACCCUAUCAGUUUGUUAUUGUUGUGUCUAACAAACCUGUGUGUUUUUGUGAUUUGCAGGGAGGCUUUGCGCUCUUCGUCCAGCUGCUGCCCAUCGUCAUCCUGGUGGUUGUGUCAGCUCUCAGUCAGAUGAUGGUCUCCACUGCCCCCUACAGCCUCAGCUUCAGGCCGUGAGUCUGACCCCUGACCCCCCCCUCCACCUGGAUCAUAACCUCGUGGAGAAGCCAGGUCCUAUGCUUCUGCUCUCCUGAUUCUGGGAAUGUUCCAACCAGGAUUUCUGGAAAAAUUUGGAAUUUCUUGAUAUUUGGAAAAGUUACUGGAAUUUUUCAACCCUAGUUGUGCUGUCUUAAACUCAUAUAGUCAUAUAUUUGACUAUGAUAUAUUAUGAAGCACCUUCCCCCCCAAAUAAUGCAAUCAUUUUAUGGUUCUUCUUUCCUUGUAUUACAAAAUGCUGAACUGCCUUUGAUGGGACGGAUUAUUCCCCAAUUGCACACUUAUCCUGCUAUGACAAAGUAUUUCACAAUUUGGUAAUCCUCUAGUAAUGAUUAUUUCUGGAAAUUGUUUGGAAAUCUGGUUUUCAGCAGUUUCUUUGUGUUGCUAGCUGCAUUAGUUUGACUGAGGUGGAGAGAUGGUCAUCUACUGUGUCCCAAAUGGCACCCUAUUCCCUAUUGGCCCUGGUCAAAAGUAGUACACUAAAUAGGGAAUAGGGUGCCAUUUGGGACGCAUCCUGGUAGUCUUUAGGGAGGGUACAGGUCAUAGAUUGACUUUAGGGGAAAGUAGUCAUAAGGGGUCUUUGGUCCAUGGUUAAGACCUGAUGAGGGUCGGUCCAUGGUUAAGACCUGAUGAGGGUCGGUCCAUGGUUAAGACCUGAUGAGGGUCGGUCCAUGGUUAAGACCUGAUGAGGGUCGGUCCAUGGUUAAGACCUGAUGAGGGUCGGUCCAUGGUUAAGACCUGAUGAGGGUCGGUCCAUGGUUAAGACCUGAUGAGGGUCGGUCCAUGGUUAAGACCUGAUGAGGGUCGGUCCAUGGUUAAGACCUGAUGAGGGUCGGUCCAUGGUUAAGACCUGAUGAGGGUCGGUCCAUGGUUAAGACCUGAUGAGGGUCGGUCCAUGGUUAAGACCUGAUGAGGGUCGGUCCAUGGUUAAGACCUGAUGAGGGUCGGUCCAUGGUUAAGACCUGAUGAGGGUCGGUCCAUGGUUAAGACCUGAUGAGGGUCGGUCCAUGGUUAAGACCUGAUGAGGGUCGGUCCAUGGUUAAGACCUGAUGAGGGUCGGUCCAUGCUUAAGACCUGAUGAGGGUCGGUCCAUGCUUAAGACCUGAUGAGGGUCGGUCCAUGGUUAAGACAUGAUGAGGGUCGGUCCAUGGUUAAGACAUGAUGAGGGUCGGUCCAUGGUUAAGAUCUGAUGAGGGUCGGUCCAUGGUUAAGACAUGAUGAGGGUUGGUUCAUGGUUAAGACAUGAUGAUGGUUGGUCCAUGGUUAGGACAUGAUGAUGGUUGGUUCAUGGUUAAGACCUGAUGAGGGUUGGUCCAUGGUUAAGACAUGAUGAUGGUUGGUAGGCUUGGGCGGUAUACCAGGGUAUUUGAAAAAGCUACAGGAUGGUUUUUCAAUACCGUCAACUAUUUAUUUGUAAUUUUUCAAUAAAUGUGAAUAUUUGUAGCUACCUAUUAAGUUAAUACCUGCAGUCAACUUGUGCAAUGCAUUGGGGGAUAAAGCAGAUUGCGUUCUUCAUUUCACCUGUCACAUUAUUUGACAUUAUGAAGCUUACCAUAGUUCCCCAGAACAGUUGAGCCAGUCACAUGUUUGUUUGUAAAUAGCAGAAGGGGAGAAAGUGGGAGCUGGUGAGUCCAUAGCGUUCUAUACUAUCGGCAAGUCUCUGUUGUGCAGCACAUGAGGUGAUGAAGUUACACUUGUGCGCAAUUCACUACUAAAUGUUUGUCAUCAGAUAUCUUAUAAUGGCUUUCUGCCAGAAGUCAGAGCGCUCUGGAUGAGUUCUGGACAGUGGCCAUUUUGUCCCUGUGCUUCCUACUAGCGGUUCUUUCCUCCUCUGUUCUUCUCCCCUCUGCUCCGUGUUCACAUGCUGUUCUUCUCCCCUCUGCUCCGUGUUCACAUGCUGUUCUUCUCCCCUCUGCUCCGUGUUCACAUGCUGUUCUUCUCCCCUCUGCUCCGUGUUCCUUCAGAAAAGCAUGCAUCACAACUUUGUUCAUUUGCACAAUUUCUCUCGUUCACUUUCGCCUGUAAAUGGUCCCACUCUCCGAAAAUGACAUUCGGUAGCUACUAUCUAUGCUUGUAUAACUUUAUGAGCUGGAUUUGUCUGUCUUUGCUCGUUAGCAUUUAGAUAACAGUGUCUGUGAUUUUGCUAUUAGUUUGUGCUAAUUUAUGCUAAUUAAGGCCCAAUGGGCUUUUCUUGCAUAUUUAGCGCCCCCUUGUGUGCUAUGCCGGUAAUACGUAAACCCCCAGAUGAGAAAAGGAUUGUAUGACAAUAUGAAAAUCUGGAUACAGCCCAAGCCUAAUGGUUGGGACAUUAGGUCCAUGUUAAGAUAUGAUGAUGGUUGGGACAGUAGGUCCAUGGUUAAGACAUGAUGAUGGUUGGGACAUUAGGUCCAUGGUUAAGACAUGAUGAUGGUUGGGACAUUAGGUCCAUGGUUAAGACAUGAUGAUGGUUGGGACAUUAGGUCCAUGUUAAGAUAUGAUGAUGGUUGGGACAUUAGGUCCAUGGUUAAGACAUGAUGAUGGUUGGGACAUUAGGUCCAUGGUUAAGACAUGAUGAUGGUUGGGACAUUAGGUCCAUGUUAAGAUAUGAUGAUGGUUGGGACAUUAGGUCCAUGUUAAGAUAUGAUGAUGGUUGGAACAUUAGGUCCAUGUUAAGAUAUGAUGAUGGUUGGUCCAUGGUUAAGACGUGAUGGUUGGUCCAUGGUUAAGACAUGGUUGUGACAUUUGGUCCAUGGUUAAGACGUGAUGAUGGUUGUGACAUUUGGUUUGCCAAUCCAGUAUUGGCUGAUGGGUUCGACCUAGAACAGAUAGUAAAUAAUGCCUUGGCCCAGGGCCGGAUUAAGAAAUCAUAGGCCCCAGGGCUUUGUUUUUUCAUAGCCCCCCCCCACCCAUAAUAUUAGCCAACCAUAGAAAUAUAAUCUAUAGAUGGUAGUUCCCAUUCAAGUCAGGACUAGCAGCCAUUGCUAGUGUACCCAUGAGUUUAAAAGUCAAAUUGUCAGGGCUAUAGGUUCCAAAGCCCUUCUAUGGAUUAUAUGUCUAUGGCCACAAGGCAACGAGCUGUAGCCUCUAUUUGAUACGCAUGCUGCCCAAACUGCAGCCUUCCAGACUGUUCUACAUGAAGCACUGUAAACCCCUGUAUUACUCUGGCCCUCUCUACACCUACCAUCCUAAUGUUGUUCUACUGCUAAAGAGCAGGCUAUCAGUUUUCAAGUCACCAUAGCCAGGAAUAGCAACAUUUUCUCGUUUCAUUUUAACCUUCUACAAUAUCGUAUGUGGCUUGAUGUGUGUUUUGCUUUCUUGAUAAUACCGUCUUGUUAUACAGUGAGGGGAAAAAAGUAUUUGAUCCCCUGUUGAUUUUGUACGUUUGCCCACUGACAAAGACGUGAUCAGUCUAUAAUUUUAAUGUUAGGUUUAUUUGAACAGUGAGAGACAGAAUGACAACAAAAAAUGGUUGUCAAAAAUGUUAUAAAUUGAUUUGCAUUUUAAUGAGGGAAAUAAGUAUUUGACCCCUCUGCAAAACAUGACUUAGUACUUGGUGGCAAAACCCUUGUUGGCAAUCAGAGGUCAGACGUUUCUUGUAGUUGGCCACCAGGUUUGCACACAUCUCAGGAGGGAUUUUGUUCCACUCCUCUUUGCAGAUCUUCUCCAAGUCAUUACGGUUUCGAGGCUGACGUUUGGCAACUCUAACCUUCAGCUCCCUCCACAGAUUUUCUAUGGGAUUAAGGACUGGAGACUGGCUAGGCCACUCCAGGACCUUAAUGUGCUUCUUCUUGAGCCACUCCUUUGUUGCCUUGGCCGUGUGUUUUGGGUCAUUGUCAUGCUGGAAUACCCAUCCACGACCCAUUUUCAAUGCCCUGGCUGAGGGAAGGAGGUUCUCACACAAGAUUUGACGGUACAUGGCCCCGUCCAUCAUCCCUUUGAUGCGGUGAAGUUGUCCUGUCCGCUUAGCAGAAAAACACCCCCAAAGCAUAAUGUUUCCACCUCCAUGUUUGACGGUGGGGAUGGUGUUCUUGGGGUCAUAGGCAGCAUUCCUCCUCCUCCAAACACGGCGAGUUGAGUUAAUGCCAAAGAGCUCGAUUUUGGUCUCAUCUGACCACAACACUUUCACCCAGUUCUCCUCUGAAUCAUUCAGAUGUACAAUGGCAAACUUCAGACGGGCCUGUAUAUGUGCUUUCUUGAGCAGUGGGACCUUGCAGGCGCUGCAGGAUUUCAGUCCUUCACGGCGUACUGUGUUACCAAUUGUUUUCUUGGUGACUAUGGUCCCAGCUGCCUUGAAAUCAUUGACAAGAUCCUCACGUGUAGUUCUGGGCUGAUUCCUCACCGUUCUCAUGAUCCUUGCAACUCCACAAGGUGAGAUCUUGCAGGGAGCCCGAGGCCGAGGGAGAUUGACAGUUAUUUUGUGUUUCUUCCAUUUGCGAAUAAUCGCACCAACUGUUGUCACCUUCUCACCAAGCUACUUGGCAAUGGUCUUGUAGCCCAUUCCAGCCUUGUGUAGGUCUACAAUCUUGUCCCUGACAUCCUUGGAGAGCUCUUUGGUCUUGGCCAUGGUGGAGAGUUUGGAAUCUGAUUGAUUGAUUGCUUCUGUGGACAGGUGUCUUUUAUACAGGUAACAAACUGAGAUUAGGAGCACUCCCUUUAAGAGUGUGCUCCUAAUCUCAGCUCGUUACCUGUAUAAAAGACACCUUGGAGCCAGAAAUCUUUCAGAUUGAGAGGGGGUCAAAUACUUAUUUCCCUCAUUGAAAUGCAAAUCAAUUUAUAACAUUUUUGACAUGCGUUUUUCUGGAUUUUGUUGUUGUUAUUCUGUCUCUCACUGUUCAAAUAAACCUACCAUUAAAAUUAUAGACUGAUCAUGUCUUUGUCAGUGGGCAAACGUACAAAAUCAGCAGGGGAUCAAAUACUUUUUUCCCUCACUGUAACUCAAAAUCGUAUCUUUCUUGAUAAUACCGUCUUGUUAUAACUCAAAAUAUAUAUUUUACUGAGCGUGUUACUGCUCCCUCAGAAAACCUUUCUCUAUCCCUCUAGUCACUGUAUUGGUUACUAGAUGUCUGGCCUCUUAUCUCUGAAUCCUCAUAGAGACACCGCAGGUGGUCGGCUGGCAGGCAGGAACACAGAGCCCUCUACUUCUGUCUGUCUGUUAUCACCACCAUUACCCUACUCCUCUGUCUGUCUGUUAUCACCACCAUUACCCUACUCCUCUGUCUGUCUGUUAUCACCACCAUUACCCUACUCCUCUGUCUGUCUGUUAUCACCACCAUUACCCUACUCCUCUGUCUGUCUGUUAUCACCACCAUUACCCUACUCCUCUGUCUGUCUCUUAUCACCACCAUUACCCUACUCCUCUGUCUGUCUGUUAUCACCACCAUUACCCUACUCCUCUGUCUGUCUGUUAUCACCACCAUUACCUUACUCCUCUGUCUGUUAUCAUCACCAUUACCCUACUAUUCUGUCUGUCUGUUAUCACCACCAUUACCCUACUCCUCUGUCUGUCUGUUAUCACCACCAUUACCCUACUCCUCUGUCUGUCUGUUAUCACCACCAUUACCCUACUCCUCUGUCUGUCUGUUAUCAUCAUCCACCAUUCACCAUUCCCUACUCUCUUUGUGUUCCCCACUUAAACCAAACGUACUCUUCUUGAUACCGUCUUGUUAUACUCACAAAUUAUAUUACUGCGUGUUAUCACCCCAUACCUACCCUUUCUGCGUAUACCCUCUAUCACCUGUUGGUUAUAAUAUCUGGCCUCUAUCUCUGAUCCUCUUAUAACCACCAUUACCUAGCUCGUCUGUCUGACACACAACCCUUACUUCUGUCUGUCUGUUAUCACCACCAUUACCCUACUCCUCUGUCUGUUAUCACCACCAUUACCCUACUCCUCUGUCUGUCUGUUAUCACCACCAUUACCCUACUCCUCUGUCUGUCUGUUAUCACCACCAUUACCCUACUCCUCUGUCUGUCUGUUAUCACCCAUUACCCUACUCCUCUGUCUGUCUGUUAUCACCACCAUUACCCUACUCCUCUGUCUGUCUGUUAUCACACCAUUACCCUACUCCUCUGUCUGUCUGUUAUCACCACCAUUACCCUACUCCUCUGUCUGUCUGUUAUCAACCACCAUUACCCUACUCCUCUGUGUUCUGUUAUCACCACCAUUACCCUAACCCUCUGUCUGUCUGUUAUCAACCACCAUUAACCCUACUCCUCUUCGUCUGUUAUCACCAACCAUUACCCUACUCCUCUGUCUGUCUGUUAUCCACAUUACCCCUACUCCUCUGUCUGUCUGUUAUCACCACCAUUACCCUACUCCUCUCUCUGUCUCUGAUAUCACAACCAUUAACCCUACUCCUCUGUCUGUCUUUAUCACCACCAUUACCCUACUCCUCUGUCCUGUCUUGUAUCACCACCCUACUCCUCUGUAUGGGUAAAAAUUACCCCUGUACUCUCCUCUGUCUGAUGUUAUCAAUCACCAUUAACCCUAACUACCUACUGUCUGUCCUAUUAUCACCACCAUUACCCAUACUCCUCUGUCCUGUCUGGUUAUCAGCCACCAUUACCCCUCCUCCUCUGUCUGUCUGUUAUCAACAUUAACCCUACUCCUCUGUCCCUGUCUCUGAUAUCCUCACCAUUACCCAUACUCCUCGGUCCUCUGUUUUCUUGUUAUCAUACCCGCUUACCCUACUCCUCUGUCUGUCGGAUUAUCAUUACCCUACUCCUUACUGCUGUCGAUAUCAGCACCUUACCCUACUCCUCUGUCUGUCUGUUGAUCAUUACCAUCCCUACUCUCUGUCUGUCUGUAUAUCACACCAUUACCCUACUCCUCUGUCUGUCUGUUAUCACCACCAUUACCCUACUCCUCUGUCUGUCUGUUAUCACCACCAUUACCCUACUCCUCUGUCUGUUAUCAUCACCAUUACCCUACUCCUCUGUCUGUCUGUUAUCACCACCAUUACCCUACUCCUCUGUCUGUCUGUUAUCAUCACCAUUACCCUACUCCUCUGUCUGUUAUCACACCAUUACCCUACUCCUCUGUCUGUCUGUUAUCACCACCAUUACCCUACUCCUGUCUGUCUGUUAUCACACCAUUACCCUACUCCUCUGUCUGUCUGAUAUCACCACCAUUACCCUACUCCUCUGUCUGUCUGUUAUCACCACCAUUACCCUACUCCUCUGUCUGUCUGUUAUCACCACCAUUACCCUACUCCUCUGUCUGUCUGUCUGUCUGUUAUCACCACCAUUACCCUACUCCUUGUGUCGUUAUCACCACCAUUACCCUACUCCUCUGUCUGUCUGUUAUCACACCAUUACCCUACUCCUCUGUCUGUCUGUUAUCACCACCAUUACCCUACUCCUCUGUCUGUCUGUUAUCAACACCAUUACCCUACUCCUCUGUCUGUCUGUUAUCACCACCAUUACCCUACUCCUCUGUCUGUCUGUUAUCACCACCAUUACCCUACUCCUGUCUGUCUGUUAUCACCACCAUUACCCUACUCCUCUGUCUGUCUGUUAUCACCACCAUUACCCUACUCCUCUGUCUGUCUGUUAUCACCACCAUUACCCUACUCCUCUGUCUGUCUGUUAUCACCACCAUUACCCUACUCCUCUGUCUGUCUGUUAUCACCACCAUUCCCUACUCCUUCUGUCUUUUAUCACCCAUUACCUCUGUCUGUCUGUCUGUUAUCACCACCAUUACCCUACUCCUCUGAGUGUUAUCACCACCAUUACCCUACUCCUCUGUCUGUCUGUUAUCACCACCAUUACCCUACUCCUCUGUCUGUCUGUUAUAACCACCAUUACCCUACUCCUCUGUCUGUCUGUUAUCACCACCAUUACCCUACUCCUCUGUCUGUCUGUUAUCAACCAUACCCACUCUUGAGUGUUACACACCAUACCCUACUGUCUGUCUGUUAUCACACAUACCUACUCUCGUGUUACCCACCCAUACUGUCCUCUAGUGUUAUCACCACCAUUACCCUACUCCUCUGUCGUGUUAUCACCACCAUUACCCUACUCCUCUGUCUGUCUGUUAUCACCACCAUUACCCUACUCCUCUGAGUUUUCACCUACUCUGUCUUUUAUCACACCAUUACCCUACUCCUCUGUCUGUACUGUUUUAUCACCACCAUUACCCUACUCCUCUUCUGUUGUGUUAUCACACCACCAUUACCCUACUCCUCUGCUGUUGUCGCUGAUGUUAUCACCACCAUUACCCUACUCCUCUGAGUGUUAUCACCCAUCCCUUCUGAUUUUACACACUACCUACUCCUGUCUGUUAUCACACCAUUACCCUACUCCUCUGUCUGUCUGUUAUCACCACCAUUACCCUACUCCUCUGUCUGUCUGUCUGUUAUCACCACCAUUACCCUACUCCUCUGAGUGUUAUCACCACCAUUACCCUACUCCUCUGAGUGUUAUCACCACCAUUACCCUACUCCUCUGUCUGUAUGUCUGUUAUCACCACAUUACCCUACUCCUCUGAGUGUUAUCACCACCAUUACCCUACUCCUCUGUCUGUUAUCCCCACCAUUACCCUACUCCUCUGUCUGUCUGUUAUCACACCAUUACCCUACUCCUCUGAGUGUUAUCACCACCAUUACCCUACUCCUCUGUGUGUUAUCACCACCAUUACCCUACUCCGUCUGUCUGUUAUCACACCAUUACCCUACUCCUCUGAGUGUUAUCACCACCAUUACCCUACUCCUCUGAGUGUUAUCACCACCAUUACCCUACUCCUCUGAGUGUUAUCACACCAUUACCCUACUCCUCUGUCUGUCUGUUAUCACCACCAUUACCCUACUCCUCUGAGUGUUAUCACACCAUUACCCUACUCCUCUGUGUCUGUUCAACCCUAUCUUGUGUUAUCACACCAUUACCCUACUCCUCUGAGUUGUUAUCACCACCAUUACCCUACUCCUCUGUGUAUCACACAUACCUAUCUGUCUGUUAUCACCACCAUUACCCUACUCCUCUGAGUGUUAUCACCACCAUUACCCUACUCCUCUGAUGUUAUCACCAUCCCCUACCCUGAUUAUCACACCUACCUCUCUCUUGUCUGUCUGUUAUCCACAUACCUAUCUCUGAUUACACCAUACCCUAUCCUCUGUCUGUUACACACCAUUACCCUACUCCUCUGAGUGUUGAUCACCACAUUACCUACUCUCUGUAGUGUUAUCACCCAUUACCCUACUCCUCUGAGUGUUAUCACACCAUUACCCUACUCCUCUGAGUGUUAUCAACACCAUUACCCUACUCCUCUGUCUGUUAUCAACACCAUUACCCUACUCCUCUGUCUGUCUGUCUGUUAUCACCACCAUUACCCUACUCCUCUGUCUGUUAUCAACACCAUUACCCUACUCCUCUGUCUGUUAUCACCACCAUUACCCUACUCCUCUGUCUGUUAUCACCACUGUUACUGUAGUGUGGGAGACUAUACUGAUUGUUCCAGAGAGUAGUCCACUGUCAUGUCCCACGAUAAAGGGAUUGGUGUUGGUGGGUUUGAUCAUGUGAAGCUGCUUCACUCACUGUUCUCUCUCCUUCCUGUUCUCUCUCUUUCUCUCUCUCCCUCCAUCCAUCAAAUUCAGGUCGGUUGGUCACACACACAAGAGGUACACAGAGACCUUGAGGGUGCCGUACUAUGUGGGAGACCACUUCUCCAGGGAGUACAACGGACUGAAUCUGAAGACUGUGGAGAGGAGUGUGGAGGAUGAUUACAUCUCCAACCUCAGAAACAACUGCUGGAAGGAGAAACAACAGAGUAUGUUCAAUUAAUAAUUAUCUUCUUCGUUGACCUUUGUCUGUCUUUGGAUGAUGAAGUUGUUCUAUUGAUUCAUCAAUAUUCUCCACAUUAGUCAAUUCCAAGUGGCUGGCUACUUUAAAAUGGAUGUAUACUGGAGGAGUGUUUUAAUGAUUUAGUUUGGAUGCUUCAGGUUUUCUGAUCCUACCUAAACCGGCUGUUUCAAACAGACCGACUGUUUGCUAUUACGUAAGAUUGAUAACACAGUACCAGAAAGUGAUAUCCUCUGCAAAGAAAUAGCACUACUUCACAUGCAGAGGAGGCUGUUGAGGGGAGAACGGCUCAUAAUAAUGUCUGGAAUGGAAUGUAAGGGCCCUAUAAAAUUAGGUAAUUUUUUUUUGCAUGAUUCAGUUUUUUAUCAAAUUCAAUUUUCUCCAUUUUGUUUUUCCAGGAUUCCAUUUCCCCCCAGUUUUCUUUAGGGUUUCGCUCUCAAAAUCACACUUUUUAAAAUAGAUAAAAACAACUAAAUGUUCUAAGUCCACUACAUCACUUAAACCACACCAGGAGACCACUUUUGAGGUUCUGGGAAAACGGAUAAAUUCUGAGUUUUUGGGGGGUAGUUACCAUUUAAUUCCAGUGUACACCUAGCAAGAGGCUGUUUCGAGGUGUUUUUGUAGCACACGUGAUGGUAGAGUUUACCAAACAAUUACCCACAACAAUCACUGUAUCGUUCUGCCAGGUUAGCAUAGCCUACUAUGUAGUUAACAUUUCAUUGAGAAGGUUUUUGGGAAAGCCUUUCCAUAUCCAGAAGAUUUUUCAUUAGCAUCAAUGCUAACGGCUACAUAAAGUGGUAGAUGCCUGCACCACACAUGCACAGACAGGGAAUUCUUGUUGCCUCUUCGGAAAGUAGCAGGAAAUACGAAUUACUGAUGCAUUUUGUUCAGGUCUCAUGAUAAACUUCAUUUUCAAUGAAUUUGGUUGAUUCCCCUACUAAUAAGUUCAAUACAUUUUUUUGAAUAUUGUUGAAUUCCAUUUUUAAUGCCAGGAUUCCGUGAUUCCGUCCUCAUUCUCCACAUUGCGGAUUGUCUAGGGCCCUAGGAAUGGUACCAUUCCAUUUAUUCUGUUCCAGACAUUACUAUGAGCCCGUCCUCCUAUUUAAAGUGCCAGCCACCACCGUUUCACAUGGCAGGUGAAGGCACAUAGCAGUUUUACAUUACAACACAUUAUCAUUCAGAUGAUUGGUUGUCUGGGCAAAAUGCAAAGGCUAGGAUAAACUAUUUUUGGCCUUUCUCUUGUACUUCCUGUUUAUCUUAUUUAACUUGUAUUGUAAUGUCCAGCCACGCCCAAGUAGGCCCAGUCUGUCUGCUCUACGGGGAAAAGCCAUUCUGUUUGCCUUAGGCUUUCGUCACAAUUCUGCUCCCUUCUCCCAAAGUGUACACUUGCACACUUUCUUGCAUGGAUUUAACAACAGUGGAAACUCACUCCAGCCAAUGCUUACGACAAUCACGUGCUUUUAAAUCCACGACAGGGAGUGCACACUUCUGGAAAAGAAUGGAGUGUUGGGACUGAGCCAUUGUACUUUUGUUGUUGUGUUCCAGAGGAGGGCCUGCUGUAUCGAGCUCGGUAUUUUGGAGACAAUGAGUUGUACCAGAGGGCUCAGAAGAUGGGGACACCGAGCUGCUCCAGGCUGUCUGACAUCUCUGUUUCCUUAGGCGGUUAAAUAAAGGAAGGCUGCUGAUCGCCACACUGAUAGGUAAGAGCUCAACACUAAAACUGAUGCAACCCAAAUGGCACCCUAUUCCCUAUAUAGUGCACUACUUUUGACCAGGGCCUGCAGUGCACUGUGUAGGGAAUAGGGUGCCAUUUGGGACUCAGUCAGGCACAGUCUCUGUCUCCAUAUAGGGCUCCAUUGUUGUAGUGUACCUAUUGGUUUAUGUAGGUUAUGAAGUCCUGCUGAACUACAGUGCAUUCGGAAAGUAUUCAGACCCUUUGACGUUUUCCACAUGUUACGUUACAGCCUUAUUCUAAAAUGGAUUACAUUUUAAUGUUUUUCCUCAUCAAUCUUCACACAAUACCCCAUAAUGACAAAGCGAAAACAGGUUUUUAGAAAUGUUUGCUAUGAGACUCGAAAUUGAGCUCAGAAUGCAUCCUGUUUCCAUUUAACAUCCUUGAGAUGUUUCUACAACUUGACUGGAGUCCACCUGUGGUAAAUUCAAUUGAUUGGACAUGAUUUGGAAAGGCACAUACCUGUCUAUAUAAGGUCCCACAGUUGACAGUGCAUGUCAGAGCAAAAACCAAGCCAUGAGGUCGAAGGAAUCUGGGGAAGGGUACCAAAAAAUUCCUGCAGCAUUUGAAGGUCCCCAAGAACACAGUGGCCUCCAUCAUUCUGAAAUGGAAGAAGUUUGGAACCACCAAGACUCUUCCUAUAGGUGGCCGCCCGGCCAAACUGAGCAAUCGGGGGGAGAAGGGCCUUGGUCAGGGAGGUGACCAAGAACCUGACGGUCACUCUGACAGAGCUCCAGAGUUCACCUUCCAACAGGACAAUGACCCUAAGCACAAAGCCAAGACAACACAGGAGUGGCUUCGGGACAAGUCUCUGAAUGUCCUUCAGAGGCCCAGCCAGAGCCCGGACUUGAACCCGAUCUAACAUCUCUGGAGAGACCUGAAAAUAGCUGUGCAGCGACGCUCCCCAUCCAACCUGACAGAGCUUGAGAGGAUCUGCAGAGAAGAAUGGGGAGAAACUCCCCAAAUACAGGUGUGCCAAGCUUGUAGCGUCAUACCCAAGAAGAAUCAAGGCUGUAAUCACUACCAAAGGUGCUUCAACAAAGUACUGAGUAAAGGGUCUGAAUACUUAUGUAAAUGUGAUAUUUCCAUUUUUUAUUUUAAUAAAUUGGCAAACAUUUCUAAAAACCUGUUUUUGCUUUGUCAUUAUGGGGUAUUGUGUGUAGAUUGAUGAGGGGGGAAAACACAAUUUUAGAAUAAGGCUGUAAUGUAACAAAAUGUGGAAAAAGUCUGAAUACUUUCCGAAUGCACUGUAUGUAAGUUACGAAGUCCUACUGAACUAUGUGUGUUACGAAGUCCUACUGAACUAUGUAUGUUACGAAGUCCCACUGAACUAUGUAUGUUACGAAGUCCCACUGAACUAUGCACGUUACGAGUCCUACUGACAUUUGUUACGAAGUCCUACUGAAUCUGUAUGUUCGAAGUCCCACUGAAUAUGUAUGUUACGAAGUCCACCGAACUAUGUAUGGUUACGAGUCCCACUUGAACAUGAUGUUACGGAAUGUCCCACUGAACAUGUUAUGUUCCGAAUCCACAUGAACUAUGUAUGUUACGAAUCCACCGAACAUGUAUGUACGAAGUCCACUGAACUAGUAUGUACAAGUCCAAUGGACUAUUAUGUACGAAGUCUACUGAACUAUGUAUGUUACGAAGUCCACUGAAUAUGUAUUUACGAAGUCUACUGAAUAUGUAUUUCGAAUCCUAGAACAUGUAUGUACGAAGUUACUGAACUAUGUUUCUAGUCCCUCUGAACUAUCAUUUCAAAGUCCCACUGAACUAUUAUGUUACGAGUCCCUGAACUAUGUACUGUUACGAAGUCGCACUGAACUAUCAUGUACGAGUCCCACUGAACUAUUAUGUACGAGUCCACUGACUUGAGUUACGGAAGUCCCACUGAACUAUGUAUGUUACGAAGUCCCACUGAACUAUGUAUGUUACGAAGUCCCACUGAACUAUGUAUGUUACGAAGUCCCACUGAACUAUGUAUGUUACGAAGUCCCACUGAACUAUGUAUGUUACGAAGUCCCACUGAACUCUUAGAAAAAACAGUGCACAUGUUGCCACACGAUGUCUCUUUGUAAAAAUCUGAGCUGGCCUUUUUUUUUACUAUUAUCAAAUGUUAUUGGUCACACACACAUAUUGAGCAGAUGUUAUUGCGGGUGUAGUGAAAUGCUUGUGUUCCUAGCUCCAACAGUGCAGUAGUAUCUAACAAUUCACAACAAUACACACAAAUCGAAAAGUAAAAGAAUGGAAUUAAGAAAUAUAUAAAUAUUAGGACGAGCAAUGCUUUUAACUUCAUUAUAAUGAUUCAAUCUUUAAUCUGUGGAUUGAAACUGAAUUGUUUUUGCUCUCUCUUUCAGAUAAUUAUCCAAAUCCGCAAAAACUAUUUUAUCGGCUGUAAAUAUGUACGCUUUUCAACAUUCGGGACUGUGACUUCACUGCUCACCAAAAAUCAGACAGACUCUCUCCUUGAGUUGGAGACCUCUAUGGCGAAGAAGAGGAGGAGAAUGACCUAAACUCUUGUUGAGGAAGAAUGAAUGCCCUCUUUGUUGAUCAUGGUGAUGUCAUGAAGUGACUGCUCUGUUUUUAAGCUGACUGUUAGGGAUACCUGCUUUUACCCUGUACCUCCCAAAUGGCACCCUAUUUCCU